AUGCACGCGUUUCGGUUCAUUCCUCAGCUUCAAGAGCUCGACCUCAGUGGGAAUGUUCUCGAACGAUUUAUGGUAAAAUACGUGUUUUUAAAACUUUUACUGGCUGUAAUUAAAAAUCUCAAGAUGAGCGAAUUCUCCGCUGCAACAUCUCUGCGGUACCUGAACGUGAGCCGAAAUAGGAUCCGCAGCGUAGAAUGUGACUCUAUCACUCCUAUGAUUUCUCUUGAAAUCCUCGAUCUAAGCUCGAACAACUUGACUCAACUGCCUGGUGUAGAACUGCGCAGCAUGGAAAGUUUAAGAACACUGAUCUUGGCAGCAAAUCCCAUCACGGUGGCGGAAGAAGGGCAAAUUAAGCUUGACAGCUUGCAGGUACUAGAUUUGUCCACAACCGCACUUAGGACAGUUGAGGCAGGAACAUUCUCUCGAUUGCCUCGUCUUCAUUCGCCUGGAUAUAUCUGGGACUGGCGUCAAAUCCCUUCCGCCUUCACUUCUAUCCAGUGUCGCUCGAGAACUGACGAAGAUGACGUAGUUAAGUGGAAAAAUCCUUAUGGUGAAAGUUUUUUGGCAACUCGACCAGAGUUCUCUACUGGACUGGAACGUCUUGAUUAUUUUACGACAACCCUUUUCGAACCCUUAAAAAGGCAACACCUUCGGAAACGAACGCUUGCAACAAACGAGUACUUCAGGAUUGACGUGGUUCUUAAGUCGGAUGCGGGCGAUUAUGAGUGCACCAUCCAACGUGGGAAGUACUCGUUUACGAGGAAGAUUCGACUUAUUGUCAAAGUGCCUGACAUUCAGUUGAAAGUCACCCAUGUAAGCAGUGAAUUUUCUGGAUUUUCAUUGAAAAACUGGCACAUUCGUCUGUGUGAAACUGAGCAACUAUAAUG